AUGGCCACCCAAGAUAGUAGCACUCAAUCUUACUUGAGCAAACUGUCGCCAUGGGCACAGAACGUCAGCACUCCCUCAACCAAGAGUAAAGAGCCAGAGCGAGAAGCAUCUGGCCUACAGGAGCAAAAGGGUGCUGAUCAUAGGAUCAGUCAUCGACAUCGACUAAGUCUGAGGAAGUAUCCUCGUGACUGUCCGCCCAUACGGCCUCAAUGGUUCCAUGCUGUCGAUGUGCCGAAACGGAGACCGCAUCCCGGCGGCAAAGUCAAGGAGGAGAAGCCGCUUACGCCGCCCAAGAAGUAUGCAGCAUUUUCGAAAAAGGAUUCAAAAGCGAUUGAAGCGGCUUUCCAGAAGCUCAUUGAGACAGAGGAUCGGGUAGGGGUGGCCCGAAGACCAAAUGAGUCUCUUGAUGAGGCUGGGCAACCAGAGUCAAUGAAGAUACCUGUGAAUGAGGACUAUUUAUUCGAUGUGGACGUGGAGAAAAGGGAGCUCGGCCCAACAUAUUGGUUGGGUCCGGUAUACGAUGUUCGAAGAGGGACAUGGUUCUAUCAGGACGGUAGUGUCCAGCGACCUUGCGACGAGAAUCUGGCGGCGCAGCUCGAAGAAGGUUAUCUGAAGGUGCAAGCCUGGCGCAUUCCUGUCCCACAAUCGACGCAAACCAAACCUCGGGCCACAUCGCAGCCUCGAGCAAGGCCUGCAUCUUGGGCGCCUGAUCAAACGACCUCAGGACAGACACCCGCGCAACCUUUAUCUGCGAAGCAAUCCAGCUCAGACCUGAAGGCUGAUGCGAGCAAAGGUGUGGAGUCGAGCUCGCACGCGGAGCCAGAGAGCCAAAAUAGCCAGCCACCCAACACGUACCGCCUCUUUGGGAGCCAUAUGAACUCGGUUGUCACUUAUCAGGACUCUCACACCGCCUGGCUCUUGACGGAUUCUACCUUGUCCCGAAUGAGCGUGGGAGUCUACGAACGCUUUGCUGGUGGAGGACAUUUUGCAGGGAUGAAAAUGACACGUGGGUAUGUUCAGCCAAAUCAAAAAACAGACAACAAAGAUGCUUCCACCGAGGGUGAUAAAGCCACGGCACAGAAGUCGGAGGAUGAGAAGCAGGGUGCCGAAAGCGCAGAGUCCCAAAAGACCAAGGCUUCAACAGAGACUAGACGACAAUUGUUGCAAAGACAAAUGUCCUCUCUUUUGGACAAUUCAUCAGAGGGGCGCGAGAAGCAGGAGGAAGAAAUGCGCCGACGAGAUGAGCGAGAGAUCGAAGACGAUUACGACGAUCAAGGCGAUCAAGGACGGGAGAUUUCUCAUCUUAUUCUAGUGACCCACGGAAUUGGUCAGCGGUUAGGUCUUCGCUUGGACAGUGUCAAUUUUGUUCAUGACGUCAACACACUGAGAAAGACUCUCAAGGCCGUAUACGCUGAUUCUCCUGAUCUUCGGGCUUUGAACGACGAGCAUGAUGCGGAUGAAUCCUCCGAGGCGUUGAAUUGCAAGAUCCAGGUUCUGCCAAUUUGCUGGCGUCAUCUUCUUGACUUUCCGAAACAGAGUCUGCGCCAUAAUCGAAAGGAGCACGACAUUGCCGACACAGAUAUCGAUGAUGGCGAGUAUCCUACACUAGAGGACAUCACUGUGGAUGGCGUUCCACACGUACGGAAUCUCAUUUGUGACAUGGGUUUGGAUAUUCUCAUCUAUGAUUCGCCGUCAUAUAAGGAGCACAUCUCGAGCCUCGUGCUGCAUGAGUGCAACCGGAUUUAUCGUUUGUUCAUGAAGCGCAAUCCCAGCUUCAACGGUAAAGUGAGUCUCAUCGGACAUUCGCUUGGCUCAGUCAUUAUGUUCGACAUCCUUUGUCGGCAGCGUGCAUCUCAAUCGGACAGCAGACGCAAGGACGAGCGAAACCUUCAGCUCGAGUUUGAGGUGGAGGAUUUCUACGCGCUCGGUUCGCCGAUCGCCUUAUACCAGAUGCUCGGUGGUCGGACUAUCGCUUCACGGCAGCCGGCCGAGAUACGGACAUCAAGCAUGGAUGAUCCAAUGCUCGGUGGUGCAGCAAUCUCCACUUCUUCGUCCAAGAGAAAGAGUCUCGAUCUGACCGCGGGACCGGAUUUUGGGGAGAAUCCAGUGUCGAAGCCGAAAUGUUCUCAGAUUUACAAUAUCUUCCAUCCCACCGAUCCAAUCGCCUAUCGCAUGGAGCCCUUGAUCUCACCUGCGAUGGCGACACUCAAACCUCAACCACUUCCAUACACGAAGCGCGGCAUCUUCGGCGCGCCCGUAGGUCAAGGAUUGACCGGCAUAGGUGCACGUGUGAGUCAGAGCGUCAGCAGUAUGUGGUCAAGCGUCGCAUCUUCUCUUCUCACGCGUGGUCUGGGAUAUGAUCAAGAGCCCAAGCCUGCGCCGGGGAGCGCUGGUGCAAAUAUCAAGAGUAGUGGCCCUCUGUCCAUGCUUACAGGCAAUAACAAUUCAAACAGCGGGAUGUCAGCCGCCGCCGGAACCAACAUAUCCGCUGCUCUAUCGUCUGGCUCGUCUUCCCAGAAGGAUGAACAAGCCGCACGCAUGACAGAAGAUAAGCUCGAUCGCGCCGCGAGCAAUGUCAUGGCCGCGAACCAAGCCGGUCACGCACCUCCAACCCUCAUCGACAACGAAAUCGAGACUCUAUCCAGCGAUUUCGAGAAGCGCCGCCGCGCCUCUCUCGAACCGAAAUCAAGCACGAAUUCGAGUCAGAAUAAGAGCAGUACAGCCAGCACUGCUGGGAACGAUACCUCAACUCUCGAUCUCGCGGAACUAGAAGCUCGAGGCAAGAAACUGCGUCGCGAAGAGGCCAAGGUGCGGAAACUCAAUGCGAAUGGUCGCGUGGAUUAUGCGAUUCAGGAAGGUGCAUUCGAUAUCAAUUUGAUCGCAGCUAUUGCAAGUCAUAUCUCGUAUUUCAGCGAUGAGGAUGUUAGUCAUUUCAUGUUGUCGCAAUUACUCAGUCGGAAGGGCGUG